AUUUUUGUUUUUUUACUAGAAAAUGAAAAACCUCAUAAACAAUUUCUGAUGGGUCUUCUCUCCCAACUCAGAAGCUGAUAAAAAAAAAUAUCUUUUUGAUUGGAGUGUGUUUUGGUUAUUUUAGGUGUUGUUAUUUGAUGAAUCUGAUCAUCUCUUCUUGACAGGAACAAUAACUGUCUACUUCUAUUCACGUUUUUCGGUUUCAAUAGUUGUUGUUGUCCUUGUUCUUUGGAUCUUCAAUCAUUCUUUUUCUUUUUAUCACAUCAUCUUUGAAGAGACCAUUAACAACCUUCAGUUUAUGUUUCAAUCAUAUAUUUUUAUUUUUUGUUUUUUAUUGUGUUUUUAUACCAAGAAGUAAUGGAAAUGUUCCUAAGAAACCCUUUAUACACAAACCCAGAACCUUGUCAGCACCUUGCUGAGUACAAGCUUAAACAUGGUUUCAAUGGCUACAAAGCCAUCCAAAAGCUUCUUGUGACCUCCCCUAUUGGGAAAACCAGUGUGAAGAAACCCAAGACGGUACCCAGAUGUGGUUUCUGUAAUGGCUGUGAAGGGCGGUUCUAUUUGUGUCUGAUUUGCUCUUCAUUCUCAUGUUUGGAUCACACCAUUUUGCACCCUCAGUCAGAAACUGGCCAUGCUGUUUUUGUGGACAUUGAAAGGGCUGAACUUUAUUGUGGGGUGUGCUGUGAUCAGUUGUAUGACCCGGAUUUUGACCAAGUUGUGAUGUCUAAGCACUCAAUGGGGUUGACAAGCGGUGUCACUGGGAAUGAAAGCAUUGGGCAGAGGUUGAUCAAGAGGAGGAGAUUGAUUUCUGGGGUUGGGUUGAAUUUUCAGAAAUCUAAGGGUGGAGUUUCCACCAAAGAUAUGAGAGCUAAAUCAUGUUAUCCUAUGGGGUUGAGGGGAUUGAACAAUCUGGGUAGCACGUGUUUCAUGAAUUCCGUGCUCCAAGUGUUGCUUCAUGCUCCUCCUGUGAGGGAGUAUUUCCUUAGUGGUGGACACAGAUUGGAAGCUUGUCAUCGUAGAAGAACCACAGAUCUGAUGUGUUUGCUUUGUGAAGUCAAUGCUAUUUUUUCAGCUGUGUACUCUGGGGAUCAGAAUCCAUAUACUCCUGCUCAGUUUCUAUACAGCUGGUGGCAGCAUUCAGCAAAUUUAGCGAGUUAUGAACAGCAGGAUGCUCACGAGUUUUUCAUUUCGAUGUUAGAUGCAAUCCAUGAGAAAGACGGCAAAUCAAGAAAUGGAAGCAAAGGUAACGAAGACUGUCAAUGCAUUGCUCAUAGGGUGUUCUAUGGGUUAUUGAGAUCAGAUGUUACGUGCAUGACCUGUGGAUUCACCUCAACAACCUAUGAUCCUUGUGUUGAUAUUUCACUUAACUUGAACACCAGUGUCUCUUCAACAGAAAAGGGUAAAAAGCUUAACAAACGGAAUGAUGAUGGAAGUAUGUCUACACUUUCAGGUUGUUUAGAUUUGUUCACAAGGCCAGAGAAGUUGGGGUCAGACCAGAAACUUUACUGCCAGAAUUGUCAGGAAAAGCAAGACUCUUUGAAGCAAAUGUCCAUUAGAAAGCUUCCAUUAGUACUUAGUUUACAUGUAAAACGAUUUGAGCACUCUUUUGUCAAAAAGUCUUCAAGAAAAAUAGACCACUACCUACACUUCCCAUUUUCCUUAGACAUGUCUCCAUAUUUGUCCUCCUCAAUCCUCAGAGCCAGAUAUGGAAAUAGAAUUUAUUCUUUUGGGGGUGAUGAAUCAGAUAUGCUUUCUGAGUUUGAAAUUUUUGCUGUGGUAUCACAUUCGGGUACGCUUGAAUCCGGCCAUUAUGUUUCGUUCGUGCGUAUAAGGAAUCAAUGGUACAAAUGUGAUGAUGCUUGGAUAACUGAGGUUGAUGAAGCUACAGUUAGAGCUUCACAGUGUUACAUGAUUUUCUAUGCUCAGAAAACUUUGUACAAUAAAGCAAAUGAAGACCAGAGUCACGCUCCAAAUUCCCCUGGAAGAGAGCUAUAUUUUCCUAUUGCUGGUUGUUGCUAGAGAGGAGGAUUAUAAAGUGAGUACUUGUCAUUCAAAGAGUGGAAUAUAAUGUGUGCUUGUGGCGUUGAAAGCCAACUUGAUGUUCAGUGAGGGAAUUUAUUUCUCUUCCAAUUUCCCCUCAGGUUUGAAGAAUCACAGAUCAUAGUUAACAAGAUGGAUUUGCAAUAUGCAUCUCAGAAGUUUGAACUGCUAAAAUGCAGAUAUGGGAAUGAGAUGCAAGGUUGCUAAUUUGAUUCUAAUUGAAUAUUUUCAUGUGGUAAUGUCAUUAGCAGCAUUGCAACAAAGAUCAAGGAGCCAGAAGUAACUCAACUCCUUCAGAACUUUUCAAACUAUGCUUACUCAAAUUCUUUAAUUGCAGGUAGUCAUGUACAUAACCCUUUUCAAUUGAUGCUAACAAAAGUUGUUCAACAACGAUUGUUAUUCUCCUGUCACCACCAAGUGAAGUGAGGAGCAAAAGAAAGUUAAAAGGAAAAAAGAGACUAUGUUGAUGACUGUUUCUAAUUCCCGUGUCUAACAAGGACACUGUAAUAACACUCAUGUCAAAUUUUCACAUGCCAUUAUGUCUGCUUUGUUGUUAGAAUGCAGAUUACUUAAUUGGAUUGCUUAUGUGGUGCACAAUAGACAGGGGUUUUGUUGAAGGCAAGUUUAUUCUUUUAAAGGUGAUUUGAGGAAUAUUAUUGUUCCAACUUGAAGUUAUGUUUGCUGACUGAGAGAAAAAUGCAGCUAUAUGAUUAACAGUAUCUUAUAUUGAAGUCAAGAAAACAGUCAAUUGAUAA